UUCGAGGAGAGGAGGAGGAGGAGGAGGCGGCGGCUGAGAGGGCCGAGGGCGGAGGAUGCCGCCGCUGCCGCCGCCGGCGCCCGCGGACUCGGACGGAGCCUGAGCCCGAGCGGGAUGGAGCCCGCGCUGGGCGCUGCAGCGGCUCCCGGCGCAGCCCAGACCAGCAGGGCAGCGGCAUGGACCUAAGCAGCCCCUGACUGAGCCUGGAGACUCCGGUAGCAGGAGGAGGUUCCCGAGGGGCCCCGCUUCCCAGCAGCCCCCCUGAUCCCGAGCCCGGAGCAGCGUCCCCAUGCAGGAGCCCAGCCAUGCAGUGCUCCUGGAAGGCCGUCCUCCUCCUCGCGCUGGCCUCCAUCGCCAUCCAGUACACGGCCAUCCGCACCUUCACGGCCCGCUCCUUCCGCGGCUGCCCCGCGGCCGGCCCCGCCAACUGUAGCCCGGGCGCGGGGGAGGCCGAGCUGGCCGAGCGCGCCUGCGACGAGGGCCCCACGCCGGCCUACAACCUCUCGCGGAGGACGCACCUCCUCAUCCUGGCCACCACGCGCAGCGGCUCCUCCUUCGUGGGCCAGCUCUUCAACCAGCACCUGGACUUCUUCUACCUGUUCGAGCCGCUCUACCACGUGCAGGCGGCGCUGCUGCCGCGCUUCCCGCAGGGCCGCGGCCCCGCCGAGCGGCGCGUGAUGCUGGGCGCCAGCCGCGACCUGCUGCGCAGCCUCUACGGCUGCGACCUCUACUUCCUGGAGAACUACAUCCGGCCGCCGCCCGCCAACCACACCACGGACCGCCUCUUCCGGCGCGGCGCCAGCCGCGCGCUCUGCUCGCCGCCCGUGUGCGAGGCCGCGGGCGCCGCCGACGCCGCCCCCGAGGUGGGGGACUGCGCGCGCAGGUGCGGCCUCCUCAACCUGACGCUGGCGGCCGCCGCCUGCCGCGCGCGCAGCCACGUGGCCAUCAAGACGGUGCGCGUGCCCGAGGUCAGCGACCUGCGGGCGCUGGUGGAGGACCCGCGCCUCAACCUCAAGGUCAUCCAGCUGGUGCGCGACCCCCGCGGCAUCCUGGCCUCGCGCAGCGAGACCUUCCGCGACACCUACCGGCUGUGGCGCAUCUGGGACGGCACCGGGCGCAGGCCCUACAACCUGGACGUGAGCCAGCUGACCACGGUGUGCGAGGACUUCCGCAACUCGGUGGCCACGGGCCUCACGCGGCCCGCCUGGCUCAAGGGCCGCUACAUGCUGGUGCGCUACGAGGACCUGGCGCGCAACCCCAGGAAGAAGACGGAGGAGAUCUACGGCUUCCUGGGCAUCCCCCUCGACGGCCACGUGGAGCGCUGGAUCCACAACAACACGCGCGGCGACCGCGCCGCCGCCAAGCACAAGUACGGCACGCUGCGCAACUCGGCCGCCACGGCCGAGAAGUGGCGCUUCCGGCUCUCGUACGACAUCGUGGCCUUCGCGCAGAACGCCUGCCGCCAGGUGCUGGCCCAGCUGGGCUACAGGGCGGCCGCCUCAGAGCAGGAGCUCAAGAACCUCUCCCUCAGCCUGGUGGAGGAGCGCGCCUUCCGGCCCUUCUUGUGACGGCCCCACGGGGCGGGGGCGGGCCCGCAGGACCCUCCGCAGCUGUGGCCUUAUCCCCUCCCGGACCGGCCUCGCGCCCCCGCCCCCGCCCUUUUCUCUCUGAAAUUGCACUACGUCCGGCCGGACGUCCCCGGGGAAUGGGGGGGGGGGGCGGCUCUGGGGGGGGGUGACCAAUGUUUACAAAUCCCCGCCCCGCCCCCAGUCACACACGCCCCGCCCCCGCCUGCCCCGGACGGGCGGGACACACUGUCCCCGACGGAGGGUACUGGGGUCAUUGUACUUUUUGCACUUUUCCAAGGUAAGAGAUUAAAAAGAAAAAGACCUUCUCGGAUUCACGAAUGGUGUCAGUCCCGGCCCGGAGCCACCAUUCUCCCGCUGCCCCUCCCCCCCCCCCCCCGGCCCCCCCCCCAGCCCCCGGCCAUUGCCCGAGGUUCUUUCUCCUCUGUUUCGUUUUUUUCCCUGUGAGGUGAAUGUGGAGCUCCUCGUGCCCCGCCCCCCAGUCCGUUGCAAUAAUGUAGUUCGUCUGAGUCUCGUUGCUGGGCCCGGUCGCUGAUUGGUGUAUGAGUCUCUGUUGGCUUUUAGGGGUUCACCUGUGACAAUUUUUUGUGCCAAAAAAAAGAAAAAAAAUAGUCGGGUCGGUUUGCUAAUCAAAGAAUGAACUGCUUUCUCUGUGUUUUCUGUAAAUAAAAGAGGUCAUUGAUGCUCA